AGAGGGGCCCUUGGCAGGCAGCUGUUGCGGCCCCCCCCCCAAGCAAUGCUCCCCAUUUGGCCCAGAUGUUUGUGCAUCUUGCUCUGCUUCGGCCCCUUCGCUCACAGCUUACGUAUCCAGGAAUACCUCUACUUCCAGGUGUUGAGCCCCGGCGAUAUCCGCUACAUCUUCACUGCCACCCCAGCCAAGGAUUUCGGAGGGGUGUUUAACACGAGAUACCAGCAGAUCUACCUGGUUCCAGCAGACCCUCCGGAGGCUUGCGGGGCUCUGAACAACGGAGUCUUCAUCGAAGGCCAGAUCGCCUUGGUGGAGCGUGGUGGCUGCUCAUUCCUGUCCAAGACUCGCAUUGUCCAGGAACUCGGCGGCCGUGCGGUGAUCAUCGCGGACAACGCCUAUGACAACGACAGCUCCUACGUGGAGAUGAUCCAGGACAGCACCAGGCGGACAGCGGACAUCCCUGCCCUCUUCCUGCUUGGGAGGGACGGGUACAUGAUCCGCCGAUCCUUGGAGCAGCACGGUCUCCCCUGGGCAGUCAUUUCCAUCCCUGUAAACGUCACCAGCAUCUCGACCUACGAACUGAUGCAGCCUCCAUGGACCUUUUGGUAGCAGAGCAAGCAGGGCGAAGGAUGCUGGCGAGGGCGGACCACAGACUGGCCGGCCGGCCCUUCCGAAAGAAGCUGGGCUGGGGCCUUACGAACUAGCAACCUCCUCGAUGUUCCGUCAGCUCGCCUCCUUCAAGAAUCGGAGCCUCCAUUUUCGGGUGGCUUUCGUAGGUCGAAGGAGCUGCCCGCGGCGACUCAGCCCUAUGGGCUACGUUAUAAGCGUGGCACUGGCUUCCCUGCCUGGCAAAACUCUCCAGGGUCGUGGCCAGAAGUCAGUCCUGGAUCCUUGGGCACCAGGUACCACCCGUGGACUGUUCCAGCAAAAUAUCCCUUCGAAAUCCUGUGAUUCAGCAGAGGCAGUUUGCUCUUUCUUGCGCUGUUCCUCCUCCCCAUUGGGCUCAGGAUCGUGCCCCCAUUUCACUGGCUGCUUUCCAUUUGGAAGAGAGAGGCAGAGUGCGUCUCUCUUGGAGGACUGGGGCUGUGGAUGAUUUAGGUUUACCUUUUCCCAUCAAUGGGGGAGCAUCCCCCCAGCAGUUCUGUGGUCCUGCUUCUUGUUCCGUUUUUGUUUUUUGUUUGGCGAUGCCACAGCCUUCCACGGCACCCUCUCGGAAUUUCGAACGUGCCCGUUGGCAAACUCUGUUUAAACUGGGGAAGGGAGUGGCUGAUGCGGAGACCUCUGGGACACAAAUUGCGUGCGGCUGCCAGGGUGGUGCCCCCGGGCACACAGUUGUCCCACACCAGGCCCCCCCCCAAUAAAAUAGGUUGUGGG